GGCCAGUAUAUACAGGCUAUAGCUGUACCAGCCGGGGAAUUGUAAAAAAUAUACCAUUUGAUGAAUAAUUUGAAGUUCCUGCAAACUUGAACUUCGACUGUGCUAACAACUACUAAACAGUGCCAGUGGUAAUAUGGAGAGGAGGCGGGUGCAGCUCACUAAUCUUCUUGUUUUUCUGUCUUUCGUCUCGUCAACUUUGUAUGAACAUGGAGUCGUGCAGGCCCAGCCCCAGCAGCCUCAGAGGACCUGUUCUCCGUUUUACAAUCCGGCGGGAACAUAUGUCCCAGAAUUCAGCUGUGACGAUGACGUGUACCCAUACUGCUGCGGGGCGUGUGACAACAAGUACUGCUGCCGGGACAACUCAAGUCUCAUCAGCACCGACUGCGACCAACCCAGCCUGCCACUAAGCCUGAUCAGUCAGCUCGGGUUUGCGGUGGUUGCUACCCUGUUCCUUGUAGCUCUCCUGUUGGCCGCUGGGUGGUGCUGUAAGCGAUGCAGAACCAAGACCGGGGCGGGAGAAGAGAGCGACGAAGAAGACGACAGGGACAGCUUCGGUAGCGUCAGGAGAAUGCAGUAUACAAGCACACGACGCCACGGGUUCUACGCGCCCCCUACCAGAUCGAGCGGGUACAGCAGCCGACGCGCCUGUCCGUGCGGUUCGCCCGUUCUUCCUGCGCACGCGCAGUUCUGUUACCAUGGUUACAUGAAUCCUGUGACGUACCCCUACCGCUCCCCACAUGGAUACCACCACGGGAAACAACCACCACAAAGUAUCGUUCUGCAGGACUUCUGAAAAAUCACAUUCUUCCUGAAUGUACGUCGUGAAAAUGAUAUUGUUGGUUUACUAUAUAUAAGAAAAGACCAGCAAAUUAUUUGGAAAAUCGUCCUGGAAACGCACUCUUUACUACGCUAAUAAGACUACUGGACAGGAAUUCAAAACCUAUAUAGCUAGCAAGACAGCAAGACACAGG